CCGUCCAAUCACCCUAUUCCGCCCCGGCACUACUCGAUCAGUCAGUGUCGGACUGUCGGUCCACCGGGGUCACUGUGCCCCAACAUGGCGUGGAGAAGCUACGUCGGCUUGUUCUGCCGGAGCAGCGAAUACACUCUACGGAGUGUAAGGGGAGGCAGCAGGUGGCCUCACAACUUCCAGCAGCGUUGCAGCUUCAGGAAAGUCGCCAAGAAACCAGAAACCAAAAACGUUAAAGAGGAGCUACUACCCGCCCACUUCGAAUCCACUGAGGCGGCGUUGCACCGGCAACCCCCUUCCAGAUCACCGCGCUCCUUCAGCCGUCUUCUCCGCCCUCUGGUCUUCACCGUGGGGUUUACAGGCUGCUCCUUCGGCUCGGCGGCCAUCUGGCAGUACGAGUCGCUCAAAACCCGCGUGCAGAGCUACUUCGACGGGCUGCGAACCGAUUGGUUGGAUAAAGUGCGGCUGCCGAAGCGAGGAGAAGCCCACAAGGACCUCAUCGAAUUCUGGAACAGUUUGAGUGAAGGUCAGCGGACAGUCACAGCGAUCAUUGCAGCCAAUGUCCUCGUGUUCUGCUGUUGGCGCCUGCCGGCACUGCAGCGCUCCAUGAUAAAGUACUUCGCCGCUGACCCCGCCUCCAAGACGCUGUGCUCGCCCAUGCUGCUGUCCACCUUCAGCCACUUCUCCUUCCUCCACAUGGCCGUCAACAUGUACGUCCUGUGGGGCUUCUCCAGCAGCGCCGUCUCCAUACUGGGCAGGGAGCAGUUCAUGGCCGUCUACCUUUCUGCGGGUGUCAUUUCCACCUUUGUCAGUUACGUGAGCAAGAUGGCCAGCGGGAGGUUGGGUCCUUCUCUCGGAGCGUCUGGCGCCAUCAUGACCAUAGUGGCUGUAGUUUGCACCAAAAUGCCUGAAGUCAAACUGGCCAUCAUCUUCCUCCCCAUGUUUACCUUCACUGCUGCUAACGCGCUAAAGGGCAUCAUCGCCUUGGAUACGGCCGGUUUGGUGUUGGGGUGGAAAAUGUUUGACCACGCUGCUCAUUUGGGUGGAGCCCUUUUUGGCAUCUGGUACGUCACGUUUGGACACGAGCUCAUUUGGAAGAACCGGGAGCCUUUUGUCAAGUUAUGGCACGAGCUGAGGACAGGCGGCGGCGGCGGCGGCGGGAGCAAAGGCGGCCAUUGAGGAGGCCCCGAGUAGGAUGCGGAAUGAACUGAGGGGAUCAAAGCGGUCCCAACAUGUAAACCUGAUAAAUAGUUGCUCAGACUAUUCGGUGAUUUGAACACCAGGGGGCACCACCAUUCAUGAACACCAAAUAUCACAGCGGAUUUUGUUCAUUAUUUCCCCCUCUCU